CCAGUCACUUGUAUCCCACUUGCUCGAUCGAAGAACCCUAAUUGAAAAUCCGGAAUUUUCUGAAUUUCUGCAACCGGAGCUCCAGAUUUCCGAUCUUCAAAAACUCGAACUUCGAGUACCGCUUUGAUUUCGGAAUUUUAUUUCAUCUUUUUUGUGAGGAUGAAAGAAGGGAAAUCAGCCAAGUUGAAUCAUCAACAGCAUAAUCACCAGAACGUUCACUUGUCUCCUUCGACACUUGCGAAAUUGUUCGAUCCUGAUGCUUCAUGGGACAAGGAUCAACUGGGAGAUGUGUUGCAUUGGAUCAGGCAAGUGGUGGGAUUGAUCUGCGGAUUGAUAUGCGGAGCCAUACCUCUGGUUGGAGGCAUGUGGAUCAUCGUAUUCUUGGCAAUAUCCUCUGCAAUAGUGUAUGGCUAUUACAAGAUGAUUCUAAAGGUGGACGAGGAAGAUUUUGGAGGCCAUGCCGCCUUACUACAGGAAGGCCUCUUCGCAUCAUUGACACUAUUUCUGCUCGCGUGGAUUCUCGUCUAUAGCUUGGCACACUUCUGAAACGUUACCGAGAACAUUUACCCGACCCCCCGAGGCAAUCAAUCUUCAGAAGCAGGGAUCAUAUGAAUGAACAUUCUUUUUUUCUCAGUUGCAAAUGUUUGUCCUGUGACUGAUGUAUGUUACUCUCCUGCGGGAAAGCAUUACCAACUCUGUUAUGUCGGCAAUUGAAUCUGGUUUUAUUUUC